AUGAAGUACGUCUCCGGGCCGUACUUCGAGCCGGACUUCGACCCGCUCCUCGACCGCUUCGGCACCCCCGGGGUCGUCGUCGACAAUGAGACGCGCGAGGACUGCACGCUCGUCAAGGUUGACAGCGUGAACCGGGACGGCGUGCUGCUGGAGAUGGUGCAGCUGCUCACCGAUCUCGACCUCGUCAUCUCCAAGUCGUACAUCUCCUCCGACGGCGGCUGGCUCAUGGAUGGCAAGGACUGCUCCUCCUCCUCGUUUCUUAUCGGGCGCAAGCUGACGGACCCGUCGCUCCCGGAGUUCAUCCAGAGCGCGCUGGUGCCGUUCCACCGGCCGGGCAACAGGCCGUCGCCCCGGUUCACCACGUGCCUGGGCAACGUGGUCGGGCCGGGCGGGCCCGACGUGUCGGACUGCGCGGCGCUCGAGUUCACGGUGCACGACCGCGCGGGGCUCCUGUCGUCCAUCACGUCUGUGCUGGUGGACAACGGGUGCCACGUCGCGUCCGGGCAGGCGUGGACGCACAACGGCCGCGCGGCGGGCGUGCUGUACGUGACGACGGCCGCCGCGGACGGCGCCGGCGCGGCGUCGCUGCUCCCGAGCCGGUGGGCGCGCGUCGAGCGGCUGGUGAACGCCGUGGUGGACGCGCGCGAGAACUUGACCGGGGAGCGCCACUGGGUGUGCGUGUCGGAGCCCGUGCAGGGCCGCGUCCACACGGAGCGCCGCCUGCACCAGCUCAUGCACGACGACCGGGACUACGAGUCCGGCCCGGCACCGACCCCCGUCGACGAGGAGCUCUUCAGCAUGGGCGACAAGGCGGCGACCGCGCGGACGGCCCCCGCCGCGCCGUGA